UUUAUUUUUGUUUUCUUCCUGCAGACGUUGUUAGAACCCUAAUGAUUUCUCUACCCUUUCUCUUCCGAUCUCCUCUACUGUGCUUGAAAGUCCAUCGCCGUUUCUGAAUUCGCCGACCUGUAGGUCUUCGAUUCCUCUCCCUUUCUCUCCGAUCGAGUUGUUUUCCGAUCUUCUCCGGAACGAGCUCAUAAGCACUCAGACGGACGGGUUGAGCUUGAUCCAUGGGUGUCACGUUUAAGAUUUCGAAGAUCGGUAGAAAGUUCCGGCAGAGGGUUUCUACUGAAACGCCUGCUCCUGACUCUCCAGGGCCUCUGAAUCCGAUUCUAUCAGGCAAAUCAAAGGCCAUUGAUGCUGUGCAGCCAUCUUUGCCUGAUAUAUCUCCAGAUCAUGAAGUUUCCUUCGUAUUGAGCCUUUAUCCCAAUGGGUACUCUGUAGGAAACCCCUCUGAGGUUGCGCAACAGACUUCUUUUCGAGAUGCUCCAAAGGCCUUACAUCCGUAUGGUAGGGCAGCAGAGACUCUACUUUCAGUAAGUAUUUCACAUGCUAUUGAGGCUGGCAGACUUCCUACUGACAUUUUGGAAGAUAUACCUUGCAAAUUUGUGGAUGGAGCAGUCAUAUGUGAGGUGCAUGACUAUCGGAAACGUACCCCAGAGCAAGCCUCUCCUGUGAUAAAUAAAGUACGCCUUAAGAUGUCACUUGAAAAUGUGGUAAAAGAUAUUCCAUCAAUGUCGGACAGCUCAUGGACAUAUGGUGAUCUCAUGGAAGUGGAAUCAAGAAUAUUAAAAGCCAUACAACCUGAACUUUGUUUGGAUCCUGUACCCAGACUUGAUAGGCUGAGUAAAAAACCUGAGACCGCCAAGCUUGAUUUGUCUCUUUCUACUUUGCGGAGAAAGAGACUGAUGCAAAUGACAGAAGCGACUGUUAUGUUUCUGAACAAGAGUCAUGGGAAAAAGGUUUGCAUUGAUCGGGUUCCGGAAAGUUCAGAGCGUGUAAAUAUGCCCGGACAUUUGUUAAUGCAUCAAACCCAUAACAACCAGGCUAUUCAAAAUCCGGGUACUAAUAUGCUGGUGGGAUUAAGAAAUCAGACCUUGCAAGAUGCGUCAACUUCCUCACUGCCUUUGGUGCCACCUCAGCAACAAAGGUACCUGGGAACUGGACAUAUUAGAAACGUGCAAGAUCAAGGAUCAAAUUCUGCUAGUGUCUCUGGAGGUUUAGAUGCAAUGUUGCCUUAUGGCUCUGAUAGUAUGAACCCAGGUGCAUCUUUCCAAAGAAAGAGACAAAGUCAAGAAGCGCAAGAGUCUUCUAUGCCUGGCUCGAAUAAGCGGACAAGGGUUUCACACAUGGGUCCUCAUGGGGUUCCACAGCAACAGCCGGGGCAACGCAUGGAUGGCAUUCAGGGAACCGAUACAAAUUGGAAAAAUGCGGUUCUACAACAAGAUAUACUAGGCAGAAGUAGUCAAUAUCCAAAUCCAAGUCUUCAGAGGUUUUCACCACAGCAAAUUGAAGGAGUAAUGAAUCAGGAAGGUGGUCCCAUGCAGUUUCCAGCUUCACAACAGGGGACAAUGCGUUACACUUCGAAAGAGGAGCCAUUUGAGAGUAAAAUUGAUGGAAGUAUCAGAAAUGAUAUGCCUGGGGUGGGAAGCGAUGCAAAUAAUGUGGAUCCGCGUAUGCAGUCAAGGAUGCCCCAUAAUGGAUUGUUAAGAUCGAAUUUCUCUCAAGCAUCCUGGAACGUGAACCCAGGCCAGAAGAUUGAAAAAGAUCUGAGAAAAGAAGAACAGUUCAGUAGAAGGAUAUCGGCUCAAAGCCCUCGUUUAUCAGCAGGCGCUCAGCCACAGUCGCCACUUUCAUCGAAGUCUGGUGAGUUUUCUGGUGGUUCAAUGGGAAACCACUAUGGAGCAGUUGCAGCAGCUCAAAAGGACAAGGCUGUUACUUCUAUUCCUGCUAUUGGUGCUACUCAGUCAGUGGGUUCUAGUCCUAAUGAUGCUAUGCAGCAAAGGCAACACCAAAUGGUUGCAAAACGGAGGACAAAUUCUCAUCCUAUGACGCAAGCUAUAAACACUGUUGGUUCUCCUGUUAGUGUCAAUACUGUGAGUGCCAAUGCUGUUGGUCCUCCAGUGGGAAACCAAACUACUGGCGAUCACGCAAUCCUCGACAGAUUCUCAAAGAUUGAACGAGUUGCUGCAAGGUACCAACUAAACUGCAAAAAGCAUAAGGUGGAUGAGUACUCGCGAAGACCUCGCUCUUAUGUUCCUCAGCGUCUGAUGGUUUGUUUUUCGGGCUUGUCUAACAACGAGGACUUCAAAGACGAAGAGAAAGCCUUGUCAAAAUCUAUUCUUGGUGGCAGCAUGAAUACAUGCAAGACAAGAGUCAUAAACUUCCUUCGGAUGGAGCGUGUGAUGCAAGGUAAUGUGCCUGCCGCCGUCCCUAAAAUAGUAACAAGACUGGUGAUGUCAGAGAAGCCCAUCGACGGGACAGUAGCAUGGUAUCAAGGGGAAAUAGAUGAUGGUGAUGGUUUUCCGGCUGAAGAUCAUAUGUUAGCAUUGCCCAAUACUCACAUCGCCGAUCUACUUGCUGCUCAAUUUAAAUCACUGAUGGUCCGUGAAGGAUACCGCAUAGAUGAACAUAUUCAGGAGAAGCCAAGUCGCGGGGAUGCUGGUCUAAGCAGCAGUCAACAGAAUUCUGCGGGUGGUGUUCCAAGAGGCAACUCUGCAAAUGAAAUGCAACAGUAUGGGGAUGCAGUUGCUGGACAAGCGCCCAAUGAGGCAUCGAAACAAGGGAAUGCUGGAAGUGCACCUAUGAACUCAACCCAGAAUGUUCUUGCAAAUGCAAGGAUGCUUCCUCCGACAAAUUCUCAGGCCUUGCAAAUGUCUCAAGGACUGUUGUCUGGUGUCUCCAUGCCUAUGCAACCACAACAGCAUGACCCACAACAGUCGCCGCUAUCACAGCUACAACAGAGAAAUCAACAGUCCAUGUUUACACAACAGCAGCAUCCACAAAUGCAGAGAGCGGCAUCUAUGAUGUUGCCUACAAAUCCUCUAUCAGCGAUCAACUCGAUGAGCCAGAGCUCUGGCAUGCCGCUGGGUGGUCAGAUGACCAACAACCAUUCGCCUCAUCAACUGCAGAUGUUACAGCACCACGCGGCGAUUCAGAGGAAGAUGAUGAUGGGGCAGCAGGGGUCAGGUGUAGCCAUGAAUAUGGGAAUGGGAAGCAUGGGCAACAGUAUUGCUGCGCUUGGGGCUUUUGGCAACCAAAUGAAUAUGGCGGGAAGAGGGCUUGGAGGAACCGGAAUCACAUCGUCAAUGUCUCUUCCUGGCAUCAAUAACAUGGGGCAGAACCCAAUGAAUCAUCCAGCGUCAAAUUUGAAUGUUAUAAGCCAGCAACUCCGAUCUGGUGCUUUAACACCACAUGUGUUUACAAAUCUUAGGUUGGCGAACCGAGGAGGUGUAAUGGGUGCUCCCCAAGCCGGGAUGAGUGGCGUGUCAGGUGCCAGGCAGAUGCACCCCAGCUCUGCUGGUCUAUCUAUGAUGGAUCCGAAUACAUUAAACCGAGCUAACCUGCAGCGAGCUAUGGGUAACAUGGGCCCACCUAAGCUGAUGCCUGGAAUGAAUCCUUACAUGAAUCAACAGCAACCCCAACAGCAACAGUUGCAGCAUCAGCAACAGCUACAGCAACCUAUGUCUCAGCAGCAAGCUCAGUCUCAGCAGCUACAACAACUUGAGCUGCCUCAGCAACAACAGCAACAGCAGCAACAGGCAACAGCCUCGCCUCUUCAGUCUGUGCUAUCACCACCCCAAGUAAGUUCGCCAUCAGCUGGAAUUACACAGCAGCAGCUGCAACAGUCCAGUCCCCAGCAAAUGAGCCAGAGAACUCCGAUGAGUCCCCAGCAAAUGAACCAAAGAACUCCAAUGAGUCCGCAACAAAUGAGUCAAAGAACCCCUAUGAGUCCUCAGAUAAGCUCGGGUACGAUGCACCCCAUGAGCACAAGCAACCUGGAGGCUUGUCCAGCAAGUCCACAGCUAAGUUCUCAGACACAUGGAUCUGUUGGUAGCAUCGCCAAUUCCCCAAUGGAGCUUCAAGGUCCCAAGAACAACUCUGCUAGUACUAAUAAUCCCUAAUCAAGAAACAUAAUGAUUAGUUUAAGAAAAGCCCUUUUAUCUUCAAAACAUGGGUUGUAAUUGAACUUAGGGACUGGCAAAGCAUUUGAAGUUUUUUGUGUCACAGUUUUAAGUUUUGCGUGUACAUAAAUUAAUUAAGCUUGUGCUUGUAGAGAAAGUAAACAAUCCUUUGUGCUUUGCAAGUGAAAAUGCUAGCCGCUAUUAUUAGGUUGUUGAUAUGUAAUGCUAUCUGGAGAUUUUGUU